AUGAACGCAACUACACAAAAAACCCCAAAGACACCAAAGCCGGCCUCAGUGCCCAUUGUCCAAAAUAAACGUUGGCCCCCAAUGGCCAACCGCAAUGCUCUCCCUUAUAAGCUCACGCAUCUAUCCAAGGAGAAGCUCGCCCGUGAAGCUACCGCCCCCGACCCAGAUCUCCGCCGAUGUGUGGCCCACUUCCGUCUUCAUUGUGGCUCUGUGAUGUGGACGGAAAAUGAUAUGAAGUCGCGAAUCAGCUCCUUUGACUUUGAGGACACCGACGAUGAGGACGAGAUGGAAGAUAUGAAGAAUGCCGAACUCCCGGUACUCAAGUCCCGCACACCACCGGCCGAGUCCGAAGUCGAAGUCACCAAAGAACUUUCCACACCCUCCGUCCCGGAGCCCGUCGCUUCCGUGGCCACUCCAGCUACACAGCCUUCCCCUGAACACUCCGAGCAUGGUUUUUUGGAAAAGGGUCGCAAUUGUCUUGAGGCGACCUCUAAACACCUCUGGACAGGGGGGUCGUGCAUGGUGGGCCCUAUUGCGGGCUGA